AUGCCACCUAAAAAGAAUAAAUCGAGUAGUAAGAGUCGAGGUGGUAGAAGUUCACGAAAGUCAACUAGCAAACAAUCCAAUGGGCAAUUUAAUUUAAAUAAUGAAUUAUUACAACAUUUGGAUGAACUAGACGAUGACACCAUUGAAUCAUUCGGUCGAGAUUAUUAUCUUUUUAUAAUUAAACAAUUAGAAACACAAGUCACAGCAUAUGAGAACUAUAUUAAAGAAUUAUCCUUACAGAAUGAAGAAUUAACUACAAAGCUUCACUUAACAGAUAAAGAAUGCCGAGAUAAUUUUAUCCAGCUAAAUCAAAUAUUUCAAAGUAGAAUCAAUGAAUCAGCGGAUUUAAUUGAACGUAUACAAAGCCUAAAAUGUGUUUAUCGAACAAAUGUUGAAAAAUGGAAGGCUAGGGAGAAUGAACUGCAUGUUUUAAAGAAAUCAACGGAAGAGAGAAUGACUGCAGAGAAUUUAGCACUAGCUAAUGAACUGGCAUCACUUGAAGAAUUUCGAUUAAAUCGUGAAGCACUUUGGGCGUAUUAUCAUAAUUUAGAAUUAACACUUGACCAAUUAAAAAAAGAACAUAAGACAGCUAUGGAAAAUCUUUUGGAAAGAGAUAUGGCUUACAGAGGACGAUUGAAAAAGGUUACGAAAUUAAAGAUUAAUGAGGUCGCUUCUGAAUUUCGUUCUGUUUCAUUUCAACGUACUGAACCAACUGUAAAACGGAUGCUUGCAGAAAAUGUUUCCAUUGAAGGUCAAUUAGUGAAACUGUCUGUUGCAAUCGCUGAGAUGAGUAGAGAAAAUGUCAAUCUAUUAAAAGAAUUUCACAGUUUAAUUGACGAACAGUCAAGUUUAGAAAAGGAACAAAUUGUACUGGGAACACGUAAUUCAGCUGUAACAAAGGACUUAAAAUGUAGAAAGAAAACUGUGAUGCAUGAUUUAAACGAAAUUAACAAGAUAUCAAUAGAUUGUACAGAUUCAAUUCAUCAUUUAACAAAUUGUAUUAAAAGUGUAGCUGAUUAUAUUCAAACAAUUUUAUCCAGUAAUUCUGAUCAUCAGACUAUAAAUGAGAAUUGUAAAACAAUCGAGGAAAGUGGAGUGAAUGAAGUAGACGUUGAAGAAACUAAAUCAGUUUUGUUUAAAUUAUAUAAUCAACUAAAUACAAGUGAUUGUUUAGUGGAUAAGUUUGACAUUUCACAUUUAGAACGCAUUGUUAAUCAAGAGAAUAUGGAUAAAAUGAAUACUGAAAAGAAUACAUCAGUAGAUAAUGAUAAUUUAUCAGAGAUAAGUGAACCUAAUUAUGAGUUGGAUAUCGAUGAAAACAUGUCGAUCUCAGAACCAGAGGACAAUGAUAUAAUCUCAGUGAAUAAUGAACCUGUAGAUAAUUCACCAAACAGACUAGAAAGUCAAAAAUCCUGUCUAGAAAAUAUGGAAAGAUUAGACAAAAUCUGGUCACAAAUCAACGCUUCAUACUUACAAGCUUAUAAUCCUGGUUCAAAUGAAUGGAGAGAAAUUUUAAGUAUUUUAGCAAAGAAUCAAGUGAAUUGGAGUGAAGAAUUACGAAAACAAUCAGCUACUUUAUCUGGUGGUGGUUAUUUAAAACCGGGCGAUUUAAAAUUUAUUCCUCCACCAUCUGAGAAGAUUUUAACAAAGAAAGAGUAUAUGAGUUUGUUAAAGAGGCGAGAAAGCAAAAGUAGCAGAUUAAACAGUCGACUUUCCAACUUCACAUCAGAUGACAUAAACCAAAGAACACAUUCAGUUGCAGUACAAACACGCGAGAAGUCAGUCAUCUUCACUAAAGAAACAAUUAUGUCAGAAUCUGGAGCGACUGAUGAUACUCUUGUUGGAACACCUCUACAUGAUGUCCACUAUUCAUCACUUCAGCAUGAACGAAAUCAUCGUGCGGAACAGUUACGUGAUAUCUGUCCAGAUUCAUUUAACGAUGAUAUUAAGGAUGUAUCAGAACAAGAAUGCAUGAAAGAACGAACAAGAAUGUUAAGAGAACAUAUUGAAGGAAACAUUGAGAUAUUGGAUUAUCUUCAAGGAAUAUCGGGACUUGAACAUGAUUUUACUAAACUGGCAGAUCGCGUCGUGAAUACAGCAAUGACGUUAAGUGAUCGAAAUAAUGUGGUACAUUCGGAUAGGAUUUAUAGUAAGGAUACUGGUGCCAGUGUCGACAAAUGUUGGAAAUAUAUUUCUCAAUUAUCCGAGGCAAUCCAGCUUCAUAUUAUGAAGUCAUAUGAGUAUCACAAGCUCCAUCAUGAAAUUUGGGCAGCUCGUAUGGAACUACAACAAGUUUUAUCAGGUUAUUCUAUAAUUCAGGAGAAAGUAGAUUCAUUGAGCUUAUUAACUGAUGAAUCACUUGUGACAGUUAAGAAAAUGAUAGAAGCUCAACUAAACAACUAUACAAGAAUUUCUGCAAAGUCCAAAGAAUUUGUGGAGAAAGCGUGCACAAUAACACCAAUAUUUCUUCGGAACCCACUAUCUGACGGUAAACACUCUGCUUGUCUAUUGGCAUCUUUACGAUUGCCCUCUGGAAAAUGGAUUCAUAAAGGAGAUAAUGUCAAAGUGUGGAGCAGUAGUCCGAUUGCAUCCAAAUUGAAUAAUGAAUGGCAUGCUCAAACUAGUAAAGGUGAACAACUGCUUAAUGCACCAUCAAUCUGCUUUUGGCUUACUUCACCAGAACACAGUCCAACAAUAAAUAAACGAAGUCAGUUAAUGUCUAGUGUAACCAAAAAGAACACAGAAGAUUUCGAUGCAUUUCUAUCAACAAAAGCUGUCAGUAAACGUUUUCAUGAAGAUUUAUGUAGUUCAUGGCGGAUAGCUGUCGAUUUAUUUGCAAAUAUACUAAUACCAACUUGUAAAAAUUACCUGAAAACUUUAGAAAAUGUCAAUCCAAUUGUUGUCGAGGAUGCUGAAGAAUUUAGCAAUAUUUUAAAACUACUACAUCUUCUCUUGGAAUAUGGCAAUGAUCCAGCACUAGAAACUGUGAAAGUGUUAUCUCUGAAUCCUUUGGAAACUGAAGGGGAAAUAGUGCACGUGAAGAACGAGGAUAUUCAGCAACUAACAGAAACACUGGAAGCGUGGAAGACUUUAUUGAAGAAAUUGGAUGAAGCAGAGGGAAAAAUGGAUGAAAAUGAAGCUAGUGAACAUUCUGGUGUGAAUGCAGACGUUGAAAGUUCAGAAAUAAAUUUUUUGCCUUUACAACAAGAUAGUAAUGUGAAGAAAUCAGAAAAGAUAAAUAAAUAUCCCACAACGAAUUCAUCAGAAAUAAAAGAUGGAUAUGAAGAUAAAGAGCUGGUGACAAGUUUUAACGAUAAUGUGCCGAAAACUUUUAAAUUGAAUAGAGACAGUUCUACAUGCGAAGAGUAUGCAGAACUCCCCAUAAAAGACUCACUGCAUUAUCAUACCACCCAGAAACCGUCAACAAAUCAAUCCAAAUUGAAUAAGGAGAAAAGAGAACUUAUGACACAAAUUGAUACACCAUUUCAUUCUGCUGUUGUCUAUUGCCCAACCUGUUCUGAGUUUCAUGAAAUAAGUAUAUUGUCACCUUUUAUUUGUAAUACAGAAUCAAAUUAUUCAUGUUUCAAUUCAUACAGUGGAGUCAGCGAUGCUUUAGAUGGUCAUAUGAAGCCUGCGCAAUCAAUGCCAAGUCUACUCUUGGAAACGGGGAAUGUCGGUUUUGAUGAGUGUAAAAUUGCAAACAGUGAAAAUAAGAGAGGAAAUGAAAUACGAAAGUUUUUAAAAUCGAAGGUUCGAAAUAAAUCACGACCACAUAGUGCAAGUGCUAGCCUUACUGAAACUACAGCAAGUUCUGGUCUUGACAGUCCUUCAGAAUCCUCCAUUAUUAUAAAAGACGAAAAGGAGUCUAGAGGAAAUCGGCAUGCUGCACACACCAGGACUCAAGAAAAACCAAAGAGUAAAAGCUCUUUCCUGUGGUGGUAUAAACGUAGCAAAAGCAAAUCAAACGAGUUCGGUCCGCAAACGCCAGGCAGUCCGUACACCGAACCAGGACCCCCUGGAAGAAGAUCUCCACUGAAUAUUAUCCCAGGUGAAUCAACACGAAGCUCACUUCAUCAAUCACCUAAUUCUUUAAUACCAGCGGAUAAAUUUCAAAUGAAUCCAAACGAAGACACUGAUCCAGUAAUACGAUCAUACAGUUGGGUACAACAGGGUAUGCCACUGGGUUAUGGCCCCCCUUUUAACACUAAUUGGUGGCCCGCGUCACACUCUUCUCCCCAGGGACUUCAUCCAAAAAACAAACACGUAAAUGUUCGUAGUGAGAGAAUUAAAACGAAACCAAGGAAACUAAUCAGGAAGCAUUCAUUCGAAAAAUACGCUGAUCGCUAUUUACCUAGUGAAAGCCAUAUAUACAAUACUAUCGAUUCAGGUAUUCAGACUGAUACCGACAUAUGUACUACUGGAAAUUUAGAUACAACUGUAUUGGAUUCAGCAUCAGAUAUCCAGCAGGCUUCCACGAAUGCAGAAGAUUUCUGUCAGUAUUGCGAUAGAAGGAUACACAAAGUUUCCUAUGAAAAUAAUUCUGUUCAGUGUGACUUUGUUAGCAGUGAUGUAUUGGGCAAAAGUUCUAAGCAUGCAGUGACUUCAUCGUCUAGCCAGACUGAUCUACAAGAUCACGAAACUCUUCGUAAUGAAUUUAAAAAGAAUAGCAUAAAAGUAUGGAAUGUAAGUUGCCAGGUGGGCACAGUGAAAAGAAAUCAAAGCACUGAACCAAUAGAAAUUGGAGAGUCUCUUAGUCCUGCAGUCAAUAGUCACAUCAAUGAAAGUGAAAAAAGUGAGGAUGUACGACGAUAUGCGAAGUACAAUGAAAGACCAAAAAGUUUUGAAAGUCCUACAAGGCGACUAACACAGUUAACUCUUAGUUAUGGAGCAAGACCAGUAGAUCCAUUAAGAUUUUCUGUAUCAUGUCAAAUAGGUACUUCUUUCAAAACUGCUGUUAACAAUGCAGAACUUUCAAAUGAUACAAGGGGUGAAGCUAGAAAAAACGGAACGAUAUGUCAUAGUCAUAUGUGUGACGCAUCGUCAUUUGAAACUACAUCGCCAAUGAUGGUAGGCAAAAAGUUUCAGGUGAAUUUGCCUUCAGCAGUUCAGUACGAAGAUGUCGCCACACAAAUUGAAGUGAAAGAGACAACAGUGAAUAAUUUAAAUGUUGCCUAUGGUAAAAACAAUGCCCAAAGCAACCUGGUAGAUGCACAGUCUACUUUCAUAUCACCUGACUUAAAAAUUCCUAGCAAAUUUAGAAACAACUUGGUAAAAGCAACUGACUGUCGUGGAUUGGUGAUGCUAAAUGAAACCAGUACACAAAUCGGCUUAACCAACAAAAAAUUAUAUCACAAUCAGAAAGAUAGCUCAUCGCAAACUGAUUUACCGUACAUUUAUGUGACCGAAAUAAAGUCUACAUCUAAUUCAAACGUGGAUCCAAACAAAACAAGUGAAAAAUACAUAAAAGAGAUUUAUAAAUACCCAUAUGGUCGUACAGUUGAGCAGACAAUUCCACAGCCUGCAACUACAGAUAACUUGAGUACACGAAGUGAUCAUGUGAAAUUUAUUACUCACUCUGAACCACUAUUUGGAAGUCCAUCUGGUACAACAUAUCAAAGCAGAUCAGUAGAUUAUCAAACUGACUCACUAACAAACACUCAAAUGAAACAAGUUUCUACGCCCAUACUGACUACAAAGAAGGAGAUUCGGAGUAGGACAGAUGACAGUCUACCUCCACGUCGAAUGACAAGCACACUAAGCAAACAAAAAGUUCGAAGGAAUCUGACAGAAAUCCCUUUCAAAACCAAACCCACCAACAGACGGGCUACUUCAAUAUGUGGAGAUUUAGUCAUGAAUAUAGAAUUACACGGUGCAACGUGCAAACGUUCUAUACACGAAUUUGAUUAUCUGUAUACUUCAAAAAACCUAUGUGAUCAUAGAUUUUUAAAUUCAGUUUCAUCGUCAUCUUCAUCUUACGAAGACAUUGAUGAUUUAUGCGAACAGUGCCGUUUAAAAUAUUAUAAACCAGUGCAAAUGAAUAUUGCAAUGAGACCUGUUCAUGCUUGUUACAAUAAGCCCAGGAAAUUAAACAGCCACUUUAAGUCUCAACAUACUAAUUCUUCGAAGAAUACUCAUCGAUAUCUUACAAAAAGAAGUUUUUCAGCUGAUAACAUAGAAGUAAACGAACAGAAAGGAGAUAUUAUCAAGUCAGUCACUGUCAAAUGUCCUAAUAAAUAA